AUGAAUCAUUUAGACCACAAUCUCCAUCUAACAAUACCCUUCCCUAACGACAGGUACUCCGAAGUCGCUGUCAAAGUGCUUAGACCUGACCCGAUACUAAGGCCUGAGGAUUUCCAAGUUGAAUACAAGAGUAAGGGUAAUUUGCUAGAAAUCGAUUUUAAGAGCGUUGAUGAUAGGGUUUUACGUGUUGGAGUAAGUAGCGUUAUAGACAGUGUAAAAACUAUCGUCGAAACUAUCGAUGAACUGGAUUAUAUGUAA